ACGAAGCAGUGGUUCAACAAAAAGAAAAAAACAAUCCCUCUCUCUCUCUCUCUACUAUUUCUCUCUCUUUCUCACUCAUAAUUGGAUUGGAUUGGAUUGUCUAGCUCUUACUACACUUCCCUAACAGUCUUGUCCAUUUUAAGGAUCUUUUGCAUUUUGGGGCUUCUAAAAUUGGGCAAAGUCUCUUUCUCUCUUUUUCUCCCAUUGCCUACAUUUCGAUCAUCAAUUUUUUUUUUUUUAAAAAAAAAAAUCCCAUCUUGGAUCGAUAGUUUGAUCUUUAAGGAAGUUAUAGAAAUGGCCAUUUUAGAGGUUCUUGUUUGUGCAUUAAGGAGUUGUACCUUGUACGUGUAGAAGCCAUUACAGCUCAGACAAUAAAAUGAGAGAUGAACAAUCCAAGAAGGGCAAGCUUUCAUGGUCAAAGAAACUGGUGAGAAAAUGGUUCAAUAGCAAGUGCAAAAAUGAAGAGUUUCAUGAUGUUGUCAAUGGAGAUAAUGAAAGGGAAUGGCGAAGUAGCUUCAGUGAAAGGGAGCCUUGGACGAUCAAGAAAAGCAGAACAGAAGAAAAGCCAGCAAGGAGCGUCGAUCGAUCGUUUUCCCGACUGCAUUCGUUGUCGAGGCAGAGUCGAGGCUCUCUCGAUCACCCUCAGAUAUUGAACAUCCAAAAUUACAGUGUCUUUGUGUCGACAUGGAACCUCGGAGGCAGGUCGCCGCACAGCAAUAUGAACUUAGACGACUGGCUGCAUUUGUCGCCUCCUUCAGACAUUUACGUGCUCGGGUUCCAAGAAAUUGUUCCUUUAAACGCCGGUAAUAUUCUCGGCGCCGAGGAUAACGGCCCGGCGAAAAAGUGGCUCGCACUUAUCAAAAGGACGCUACACGAUGCUCCGGGAGAUCGCAAUCCCGUCGGGUGCUACAUCCCGUCGCCUGUCAUUAAUCCCGUCGUCGAAUGGAACGACGAUUUCGAGGGAUCGACGAGGCACAAAGCCUCGAAUUUCUUUCACCGUCGAUCCUUCCAAACGCCCGAAUGCUGGAAUACCGCGUCAAUCCCACAACCGUGUCUCGAUAGGCGAUUCAGCGUUUGUGACCGCGCAAUUUUCGGCGGUAGACGACAAAGCGACUUCGACCCGAACACGAGAUCGUAUAGGCCAAGUGAUUGUUCUUCUAGUCAUCGGCCGAGCGACUAUUCGUCGAGCCGGCGACCGAGCGAUUUUUCAAAAUGGGGCUCGGACGAGGAUUUUCUUACCGACGAUGCAAUGUCGCACUCGCCGACGUCGUAUGCGACGUAUGUCCAAAUCGAUGAUGCAAAUGCCGCACUCCCGGAAGGUUCUAGAUACUCGUUGGUCGUGAGCAAGCAAAUGGUCGGGAUUUUUUUAACGGUUUGGGUUCGGAGCGAGCUGAGGGAACACAUUCAGAACGUAAAAGUCUCUUGUGUCGGUCGAGGCCUCAUGGGCUAUCUCGGGAACAAGGGAUCGAUAGCGAUCAGCAUGUUGGUUCAUCGAACGAGCCUUUGCGUCGUUUGCAGUCACUUAACGUCGGGUCAAAAGGACGGCGACGAACUCCGGAGAAACGCCGACGUUACGGAGAUUUUAAGAAAAACAAGAUUUCCGAAAAUUGAUGGUUCGAAUGUCGACGAAAAGUCCCCCGAGACGGUCGUCGAGCACGAUCGAAUCAUUUGGCUCGGCGACCUGAACUAUCGAAUCGAUUUGCCGUACCGGACGGUGAAAGCGCUAAUCGAAAUGCAGAACUGGAGAGCCUUGUUGGAGAAGGAUCAACUUCUUACCGAGCAGAGACGAGGCCGAGUUUUCGACGGGUGGGAAGAAGGGAAGAUCUAUUUCCCGCCUACGUACAAAUACUUGCAUAAUUCAGACAAGUACGCCGGCGACAACAUUCAUCUCAAGGAGAAGCGAAGGACACCGGCGUGGUGCGAUCGGAUUCUUUGGUUUGGGCGGGGCCUCCGACAAUUAUCGUACACUCGAGGAGAAUCCCGGUUUUCGGACCAUAGACCGGUUUCGAGCGAGUUCUCGGUCGAGAUCGAGGUUGUAAGGAAAAACACGAAUAGUUUGGAAUCGAAAGUCGAGGUCGAAGAGCUAUUGCCAAAUUCGCACUCGAAUGGCUACACCGAACUUUGCUUCUUCUAAACGAUCGGUCGAGACGGUAUCUCGCGUCGUAAUCUCGAUCGUAAUCUUUUCAAGUUCGACAUUCCAAAUGCCGUGUCGAAUUUUUUGCGAAGGAGUCAAAGAAGAACGUGUUCAGUUACCCUACCCCAAUGAAUUAUACCCCUAUGUACCGACCAUUUACCAUCUGCCAUGUGUAUUCAAUUAUCCUACCCCAAUGAAUUGUGCCCCUAUGUACCGACCAAUCACCAUCUGCCAUGUGUAAUCGGUACAUAGGGGCACAAUUCAUUGAGGUAGGGUAACUGAACUCGUCCGGGGAAUUACAACCUCAAGAAUUGCUAGAGAUUACUAUGUGGUCCGAAUACACCCACUCGAUCGGUACACACUUUCGCUUUCUUGGGUUGGGUCGGAUUCGAACGGUCCCAUUCGUAGAGUUCGAUGAUCUCGGCGAUCGAGUAAGGGCGAUGGAUUUCUCGGACUCGACAUUUUUGGGAUGUAAUAAGGUGAAGAUGAUGCCAAAGCAGUAGGAAUAGAGAAGAAGAAGAAGACUAUUAUGGAGCGGAUAUGUCAAAGGCAAAAGAAAAGAAUGUGGAAUGAACACGAUCGAGUGAUUCUUAGAAAGUCCCAGGACCCCAGCACCAAAC